CCCAAAGUUUGAACCCAAAGAUACCAACCUUCCUUUCUCUUCCUUCUCUUCUCUUCUCUUCUCUUCUCUUCUCGCUCCCAUUUUCCUCAAUUUCCAAUUAUGCCCCUGUCCCCCGCCGCCUCCUCCGCUCUGUGACUCUGCAACAACAACCAACCGACUUCCCACUUCCGGUGGCACUCGCCGUAAUUUCAACUCCACCUCCGGGGCAAAUUCACAACCGACUUUGUAGCUAAUCCCUUUUUUUUUGGGGGGUCGAAAUGAAGAGGCUGAGAUCCAGCGAGGAUCUCGAUUCUUACGGUAAGGAUCCGAGCCCGAACCCGAACCCGAACCCGAGCCGGACCUCCUCCUCCUCUUCCCACCGAAGCUUCUACUACAACAAACCAGACACCGCCCGCAAGGGCUUGCUCUCUUCGUCCUCCUCCGCCUCUUCUCUGGCGGCCGCGGCGGCGAGGUCGUACGACCGGGAUAGGGGAGACGACGAUCGCGAGUUGGCGGCCGGCGGCGGAGGGUCGAGGAUGGUGAGGAAGAGGCCGGCGGACCUCGACGGAGGGUUUGAUCGGAGGAAGGGGGUGGAUCGGUAUAACAGAGACGGCGGCGGCGGAGGGUACGAUCGUAAUUUGAUGCACCGGUCGGAGAGCUUCUGCGGCGGCGGGUCGAGGAGCAGGGGGUCGGAGUUUCCGAAAGGGUUCCGAUCGGAGAGGGACCGGUCGCGGCGGGAAGGGAGCAGCGCGCUGUCGUGGCGGCGGUUCGGGAAGGAGUUUGAGGAAGGAGGGAGGAGUAGUGGUAGUAGUAGGUUGGAGGAGAGAGGGAAAGGAGGUGGAGGGUUUAGCGUCCGGUCGCCGUCGUGGUCGAAUUCGAGGGAUUCCGGCAGCGAGCAAUCGAGGGUUAGGUCUCCGCCGAGGAGAUUUAAAGACGGGAAAUCGUCGAAAUCGAAAUCAAAGUCUAAGUCGCCGACUUGGUCCAAAGAUUCUGUUGGGAGUGAGCAAUCCAAGAGUGUUGAGGUGAAGAAGAGUGAGCCUGAGACCGAGCCGGAGCCGGAGCCCGAACCUGAGAGGGAGCCGGAGCCCGAACCUGAACCUGAGCCGGAGCCGGAACCUAUGCCAGAGCCUGAGGCCGAGGCUGUGGUGGAGGAGGUUCAGGGUGAGAGUGGAAGUAGGACUAGUAGUGAAAUGGAGGAAGGAGAGCUUGAGCCCGAAGCCGAACCGGAAGAUGGGGAUGGAGGUGAAGAGCUAGAGGUGGUGCCUGAAGGUGGAGCUGAAAUGGAAGAAGGCCAAGUUCAGAUUGGGAGCGAAACGGAGACUACGGUAAUGGAGGAGAGAGAUGGGUGCUUAGAUAAAGAAAAGGUGAAAGAGGGAGUGUGUGAGGGGAAAGAGGAGGAAAAGAAAGAAGAUGAGUUGCCUUCGGUUGAUGAGACCAGAAAUGUAGGGAGGCAGGAAGAAGGGAAUGAGUGCAAGGAGGAAGUGAGCAAGGAAGUGGUUUCGGAGAGGUCGUUGGAAGUGGACGAGGAGCCAAGGCAAGACAAGGGGAUAGACCUUGAAGUGAAGGCUGAGGAUGACGAAAUGACAGAGUCUGAUAGGGAAGUGACAGAGGACACUGGAGUUCAUACACUGAAUCUGAGUGCGGAUUUGACUCGGAAUUUCAAGGACAAAGGGAAAAGCGUGGCCCAUGUGGAGGAUUCAGCAGAAAAUAGUAGAUGGGUUGAGAGAGAAUCCAGAGAACUACUAACUUGCAUGGACAAUGAUAUGGAAGGACCGAGCACUAGGGGUUUCGAGUUGUUUACAUCCUCUCCUGUUAGGAGGCAGGAGAAAGCUGAUUCUGGUGUUAAUAUGAAAGAUGAGAAGUUGGUACUUGAGCCGCUUGACCUUUCACUAAGCUUGCCUAAUGUUUUGUUACCUAUUGGUGCCACUCCUGGUUCUCCUGAUCAAGCAAUGAGUGUUCAGUCUUUAAGUAACACUUUCUGUACCAACUCGGAUGGAUUUACUCAAUCAGUAUCUUUUUCAGGUUCUCAGUCAUUUUAUCACAAUCCUAGCUGUUCUUUAACGACCCAGAAUUCGAUGGACUUUGAGCAAUCGGUUAAAAGUCGUCCCCUUUUCCAGGGAAUUGAUUGGCAGGCGCUAGCUCAGAAUGAGGCUAAGAAUAAGGAGGUUCCAUUUUAUCAAAAAACUUUGAUGACUGGCAAUGGUUCUCAUCCACAGUCGGGCGUUACAAAUGGUCAAUCUGUGCAAGGGCAACAAGUUAAACAUUCGGAAGGAAGCUCUAAAGUGGCAAAUGGAUUUGAAAGGCAGCUAAGCUUCCAUAAGCAGUUGUCAGGAGGGCACCCAAAGCACCAUGAGGAUGUUAGGUCACCUUCGCAUAGUGUUGGAUCUCAAGAAAUGGGUUCAAAUUAUAGUUUUGACAGGAAACGACUAAUGAGAGAGAGAAGUAGUGGUAGUUUAUAUAGGACUAGCAGCCAGAAGGAAAAAGAGCAGUUGCUCCUCGGUGGGGCUGAUUUUGUUGAGACAAUCAUUGCCAGGAUAGUAUCUGAUCCAGUCCAUGUAAUGGCCAAGAAGUUUCAUGAAAUGACAGGACAAUCUGCAGCAUGUGUGAAGGAGAGCAUUCGCGAGAUUAUGUUAAAUGUGGAUAAGCGCAUGCAACUAUUUGCAUUUCAGAAGGCACUGCAGAACAGGUCUGACAUAACCUUGGAGAUGCUACUAAAAGCCCAUCGGGCACAAUUGGAAAUAUUGGUUGCUCUCAAGACUGGUCUACCAGAUUUUCUUCAGCAAGAGAGCAGUGUGUCAUCUUCUGAUUUGGCUGAGAUUUUUCUGUACUUGAGAUGCAGAAAUCCUUCUUGUCGGAGUCCUGUGCCUGCGGAUGAAUGUGAUUGCAAGGUCUGUUCGCAAAAGAAUGGAUUUUGCAGCGCUUGUAUGUGUCUUGUGUGCUCAAAGUUUGAUAUGGCCUCAAAUACAUGUAGUUGGAUUGGGUGUGAUGUUUGUCUUCAUUGGUGCCAUGCUGAUUGUGCAUUGCGGGAAUCUUAUAUUAGAAAUGGACGCAGUGCAACUGGAUCUCAAGGGACGACUGAGAUGCAAUUUCAUUGUGUUGCUUGUGAUCAUCCUUCUGAGAUGUUUGGCUUUGUGAAGGAGGUUUUUCAGCAUUUUGCCAAGGAUUGGACGAUUGAAAAUCUUGCCAGGGAACUUGAAUAUGUUAAGAGAAUUUUCCUUGUCAGCAAGGACAUGAGAGGGAGACGGCUGUAUGAUAUUGCUGAUCAAUCGCUGGUUAGAUUGGCAAAUAAGUCUGGCCUUCCGGAGGUUUACAGUUACAUAAUGGCUUUUCUUGAGGAUACUGACAGUUCCAAGUUGGGCAAAACUCCCAUCUUACCUGGGAAGGAUCUAGGUAAAGGAAGCAGUGGUGUUGCUGGGCCAAGCCAGGAACCAGCAUGGCUAAAGUCUGUAUAUACAGAAAAGGCCCCUCAGUUGGAAUCUGCUCCUAGCGUUCUUCCUAGCUACAACUAUGAGCAGCACGAUAAACGCAUUAUGGAGUCAGGGUUGCACAUGAGUUCUCAAAAAGAACCUGUUUUCGAUGAGUUGGAGAGUAUUGUGAGGAUCAAGCAGGCCGAGGCUAAAAUGUUCCAAACACGUGCGGACGAAGCAAGAAAAGAAGCUGAGGGGCUGAAACGCAUAGCACUGGCAAAGAAUGAGAAAAUUGAAGAAGAAUAUAGGAAUAGAAUAACAAAACUCCGUUUUGUUGAAGCUGAGGAAAUGCGGAAACAGAAACUUGAGGAACUGCAGUCUCUAGAUCGAGCUCAUCGAGAAUAUUCCAAUAUGAAGAUGAGGAUGGAAGCGGAUAUUAAAGAUCUUUUAUUAAAAAUGGAAGCAACAAAGCGAAACCUUUCCUUGUGAUUUGCAAGAUGAACAGGAUUUGCUGUAGAAUUUGUCAGUGUGGCAGGUAAUUCUAACCUUGUGUCCGCUGAAAAUUGUAUGUGUACUAUUGUAGCAUCGAGGCUCCAAUUUGAUGAAGCCGGUGAUCUCUAGGCUUAUUUUCAAGGUAGUUCCUGUGGUAUUUGUAGUCGUUUUUGUUGUACCUGUAUUUGCGCUGCUAACCAGAAUCUGUACAGAGAGUGCCCUAUUUCCAGUUAUGUGUUGUAAGUUAGAUCUUCCCCCCUUUUACGAAUCUGGGGAUAAAUCGUGGAUCAAAUUUUUGAUAUAUCUUGGGGAUGUUGCCUGUUUGUAAUGUGGUUAAGCAAUAGCAGGUGCUCACUUUUAAUUUCCA